AGCUGGAAAAGCAGCUGGUGGCUCUCAUCCCCUAUGGGGACCAGAGGCUGAAGCCCAGGCACACUCCUUCCCCAGAAAGCCUGAGCCUCACCAGGCUCAGAAGUACCAGCCAGCUUCCUAUUUCUGAGGAAUUUCCUGGUUUGAGAAGCCCCAGGCAAAGCAGAUGUCACCAGAGACCACUUAGCAUCCUCCCCUGAGCAUGGAAAACCUGUUGCUCCCUGUUCUGGGACACUUCAGAAUCUCAGAGGCAACCCUGAGUUUCGUUGGAGAACCUGUGACCCUGUUUGUGAUCUGGGUCAAUUUGACAUGGAUCCCUGCGACCUCCUCCCAAGUCCUCAGCUUCACCCUGGUAGCCACUACCCUGCCCUCUCCACACCCCCACCACACCAGAACUAGAAUCUAGCCAUGCCCCUCAAAACAUGCUAACAAAGUGCUAUUCCUUUAAUGCUGAUCUCAUGUUGAAUUAGAUGGAUGGAUUGUGUUCUUUUCUGAAUAUUAAUAUUAAAAUUCAGAACCCUCAAAAUGUGGCCUUAUUUUUUCUAGUGAGAAUAGCUAGCAUUCAUUGAGCUUUUGCUAUGUGCCAGGACCUGCAAUUAUUGUUUUUUCAUGCAUUAGCCCAUAAUAUAUUCUAUGAGGUUGGUACCGUUAUCUCUGUUUUACAGACAGGGACACUGAGGCUUAGGCAGGUGAGCUGCACAAUGUUAUUGGGUCAGUGGGAACAGCUGGAAAUGGAAGCCAGACUACCUGCCUUCCAGCCCUUCCGGGCCACAUCUGGAAAGCCAAAUGUGCAGGUGUAGAGGGAGGGGCGUGCAGGAGAGAGCCUUGUGUAUGGCGAGGAGUAUGAACCGCCUCCCCAAGUUUCCUUCAGAUUUCUCUGCUCCUCCAUCGUGGGUCCUCCUUCCCCACAGGAAGUUCUUUGUGUUCCUAGCCGUGCUCAUCUGCCUGAUGACUUCCUCCUCCGUCGUCUUUUUCUUGUUUCCGAGGUCCAUCAUCGUGCAGCCUUCAGGCCUCAACUCUUCCACGGUGGCCUUUGAUGAGGCUGACAUCCACCUCAACAUAACGAAUAUCUUGAACAUCUCCAAUAGCAACUACUACCCCAUCACGGUGACCCAGCUAACCAUCGAGGUUCUGCACCUGUCCCUCGUGGUGGGGCAGGUUUCUGACAGCCUUCUCCUACACAUUGGCCCUUUGGCCAGUGAACAGAUAUUUUAUGCAGUAGCCAGCAGGAUAUGGGAUGAAAACACAUACAAAAUCUGUACCUGGCUGAAAAUCAAAGUCCACCAUGUACUUUUGCACAUCCAGGGCACCCUGACCUGUUACUACCUGAGCCAUUCGGAGCAGCUGGUCUUCCAGAGCUAUGAAUACGUGGACUGCCGGGGAAACAUGUCGGAGUCCCGCCUGCUGGUCCCUCGCCCACCAUGACCUGUCUGCUGUGCCUGCACUCCAGGCACCUACAAGCCUGGUCUGUGUCUCCCACAACUCCAUGGCGACCAAGGAAGGACCAUAGUGACUUUGCCAAAGGAAAAGCCCUGCUUUGUUGUAACCUCACCCCCACGCCUCAGCACAGGAAGCUUGCUGGAGUUAACUUCAUCCCCACACACGCUCGCAUCCCUGAUUUCCCCAGUUCCUUUCAGGAGCCAGCACCACGUCCUGCCCUUGUUCUGUCUUGAGGGAAACCUGACCUGACCUUUUCUUGAGGUGCCUUAGCGUCCCUGGAGUGGCACCUGCCCUUUCUGUACUGAGCGCCUUGGCUGCCCCGCUCCAGUGGGGCUAGCUGUCCUCCUGUCGGUGUGUUUACCCGGCAUUUAAAGCAUGGAUUCUUUUCAGAUUUUCCACUAGUGAUGAGAAAUUGACUUUAGGGACACCCAGUGCUGUCUCCAGGGCCUUUUAGGGGACCACAGAUGCUUUCUUGUGCCUGUUUGCUUUGGUCAUGUGACAAAGUAAUAGUGAUGGCCUGCUUCCCUCUGGUAACUUGUCCCCUGUCCAUCUGACAGUAGGAUUGGCCAAGACCCUUCUGCCCUUUGUCCUUCCUGGUUAACGACUAUCUCUGGUUCUAAGGAAGACAAGAGCUAAGAGCUGGUUCUAAGAGCUGUUCUCCAGCUAAAGCUUCUCUGUAAAACAGUUUUACUCUUCUCUUCAUAGUCACAGUAGUAGGGGAGAGGAGGGAGGCACCUGGCACCUCCUGGGCCUACACAGGAAGAACAGGGCCAAAGGCAGAGUAAUUUCAAAAGGCAUUUAUUAAAGAAGGGUUUCUAAGCCCACACCAAGCCCAUGCGAGUGGAUCCAGGCAGGUCAGACAGUAGGCCCAGCCUUCUAAAAGCCCACAGGAGAUGAAGCUGUCAGCGUCCAUCCAACACUGCUGGGCUCUUUUCCACCCCCAGCUCAGCACCAGUGCCUGCUCUGCCUCCCAGAGGCCUCUGUUGUUCCCUGGGCUUUGACAGUGUGGAGCAGCACAUCAGCAGGGACCCCCUCGCUUUCCUGUCACCCAGCUGAAGCUAAGCGGUAGAUAACACCUUCCUGCCGGGUUCCUAGUGGAAGUGGUUUCUGUACUUUAGUGGAACAGGAAGGGUCACUUGUUUGUUAGACGUGGCUGGGUCUUUAUCAUUCAGACAAGUGGACAUAUGAACAGAGGUGGGUAGGGAGCGCUGAAUUUGAAGCAGAAUGGGUGGAGAGGGGAAAUGGUGACAGCUUAGCUGGCUGGGGCACAAGGGGAAGGAAGGAGGUCUGUCCCCAAGCUGAGACCAAGGUGGUACUGGCAAGAGCAUGGAAGUCCAGGGAGGCCAGGCCAGAGCUGCUUUGGAAGUCACCAAAUGUAAAGGAUUUAUAUUGCAUUCAAUAAACUGUACUUAAUGGUGUUCAAAGAAAUCUCCUGGAGCUGGUGGGAAGGUAGCGAGUUGUCUCAAUUGAUUGUUCACGGUCAGUUACAGAUCGAAGUCUUUGAUCUAUUCCUUCCCCUUUUCACUACUGCACUUGAUUAGUCUUUAAAAAAAAAGCCUCUGAGAGUGGGAAGGGGGCCGGUGGAUAUUCCUUA